UGUAUCGAAACAUUUCUCAUCAAUUUCUAUACUGCAUAGUUAUCCCUCAUCAUGUAAGCUUUGGGCAACGUAUGCCGGUUCCGCAGUUUGCAUAAGAUAACAGUUCAGUACUGCAUGAUCAUCAGUCGUUCACUCAUGCUUUCAGCAUUCUGCACACUAGCCUACAUGUUCUGUCUUUGAGCCAAACUGCUGAAAACAGCAGAAAACCUAAUAGUCUUUACGGUGAACAACAUAUGCAUGUAUUUGGUACGCCAUCACAAAUAAUUCAUGAUUUUGCAGUGUAUAUUAGACAAGAUAAUUCUGACAACAAAUGUAGCCCAUCUUCAACCCCGCCCCUUUCUUUCCUCUGUGUAACCACUGUCUGAAGCGGAGUUGCCCAUUUCGACAGAGCCAUAAAGAUCAUUUCCGAUGACCCUCUAGAACCCUGAUAUCAAACUCCUCCCUGGUGGUUCAGCUCAACAGGUUGAUCCAAUCUGGAUACGCAGAUGGACUGACACACCUGUGACUACAGUACGCUCUGCUGUGUCCAAGCCACCUGGUUUGUCUCAGAGGAUACCUGCCCCAUUUCCCUCCCCAGUCAUGGCCAACACGGACCCCUCGUCUCCAGCCAAAGCCCCGCUGUCCUCCACACAUGCCCCCCUGACCCUGUCCUUCCCUUUCUUGAGGGAGGGCAGCCGCGUGUGGGAGAGGAGGCCGCCCAAGUCCGGGGAGCUGCCCAGCCCUCUGCCCACCAAGCGUACCCGCACAUACUCCGCCACGGUACGGGCCACAUCAGGGCCUGUCUUCAAAGGAGUCUGCAAGAGCUUCUCCAGGUCACAGGGCCAUGGUUUCCUCCGGCCGUCUCAUGGAGGAGAGGACAUAUUUGUCCACAUCUCUGACAUUGAGGGUGAGUAUGUGCCUGUGGAAGGGGACGAAGUCACCUACAAAGUUUGUGCUAUCCCACCCAAGAACCUGAAGCAACAGGCCGUGGAUGUAGUCAUCACCCACCUGAACCCAGGGACAAAGCAUGAGACCUGGUCUGGCCAGAUCAUCAGCUCCUAAACCCACCUUCAUGCUUGGAGAGGGAUUCUAGUCCACACAGAGACAGACUGCACAGAGAGAGAGAGAGAGAAAGAGAGAGAGAGAUAAUAGAACAGGAUGGAAAGGGGGAACAUUCAGCACAAAAGAUGGCUCGGGGGAGUUUAAAUGAAUAUGUAAAGUAACGAGGUAGCGUGGUAACGGGGGCAUGAGCUGGGAUAGGACGUUGUGAAAGAAGGUUGGCUAAUAAGUGGGCUAUGGGCUGAAGCUGGAAUGAGGGUUAUGCAAGUUCAGUUUUUUUUCUCCCCAAAUUCUGGAAAUGUGUGGUGGAAAAGUGUGUGUGUGGGGGUGGCGGGGGUUGGGAAGUCUGUACACAAAGGGAUCCUGGCAGAGGUAAUGCUAAAUGUGGCAGGCAAAACAUGCAACUACUGUGAAACAAAAACAAAAAAGCAACAAUUUCUUCCAGAUGUUCUUUGUUUUUGCAUAUUUAUUUAUUCCUUUUUUCAUGUAUUUAUUUUGCAUUUAGAGUAACCGUUCGUUAGGAAAAUGUUAAACUCUUCUGAAAUGCCAUGACCACUACGUUUUCACUGUCCAGCACUAGGUCAGUACGUAUUCAUAACAUGUCUCAUUAAUCAGUGAAAAAUUACUAACAUUUUAAAUAAAUAAAUUAAAUACAUUUUAAAUUAAACAAAUUAAAUGAACUCACCUUUUGUAACUUGACAAUAUGACAGUUGAAAUCACUGGUUUACAAUUUCUAAAGUGUUACCAUUUGAUUACAUUCUUUACUGCUGUGUCACAUAGUCCUCUUGUCUUCUCUGUACCCAUAUAGAAAGGCACCACAGUAUUACUUUCAUGCUUUCAAGAACAUUUUGGUCUUUUUUAAGUUUACUUUUCUGGUUGACUCAUAGUUUAUUGUAUUAUGUUACAGUGGCUUGUCUUUGUCAUAAUCGAGAAAUGUUUAAUAAAUAGUUUUAUGAUUCA